AUGUUUAUUGAACUUUUAGUGGGUGCUGUUGUUGCAUUAAUACUUGAUUUUCAUAAUGCAAGUUUAGCUCAAUAUGGUGGUGGAACACGAUUUAUGAUAUUUAUGCUUGAAACAGCUAAUACUCGUUUUGCAGGUUAUGCAACAACUGAUAUAAGUUUACUUUCAUCGGGAACAUUGCUUAUAUUUGUUUUAUUAAUGGCUGUUAAACCUCAAAUGGUAUAUUUAUUUAUUAUUAUAAUGUUUUCGAGAAAAAGAAAUAUCGAAGUUUAUAAUAAAAUUUCAAGUAAUAAUCGAUGUGGAAGUAUUCAAAUAUUUUUACCAUUUAAUCGUAUAAAACGUUAUUUAUCACGACAAGGUUCAUUAACAAAAGCACAAGCUAACAGAUAUUUUUCAUCUAUUGCACGAACAACACGAGCUGAACAAGCUAUUGAUGAAUUAAAUGAAAAACGUUUUCAACAUCGUUUAAGUGUAUUAUCAUUAGAUAUAAAUGAUGAUAUAAAAGAUGAUCGAAGUGUUAAUUUUGCACGUAUAUCAUGA